CUCUCACUCUCCUCAUUCAAAUCGAAGCUUUCACAUCAACAGUAUCAAUAUUAUUAUUAGACGACUUUUUGAAAAAUUUUAAUAGAAUAUCCAAGUAAAGUUUGUACAUUUUUUUGAGAGAUUUUAAAUAUUAGGAUUUCAGGAAAAUUUCUAGUCUCACGAUGUCGCAUAUUUCCCCGACCCAUACCAGGGAGUCCAUCUCUAGAACCACCGAAACGGAUACCAAUAAGAUUUCCAUGUACGAGUUGGCCACCUGUCGCGCCGAGAAUUAUUUGCUUAAACAUAGGAUGUCCAAUUGUGAGAGUACCAUUGAGGGCCUAAAGCAAUUGGUCGCCAAUAUUACGGACAAACAACUCGAGAUCAUUGGCGAAAUGGUGGAAAUGCGCAAGAAGAGCAUAAUGCCGCCAAGAUCAUCACCGUGGAUGCAUGGACAUCGACCAUUGAGGAUGGUGUCCUGGAUUGCAUACCGAAUCCUGAAACCAAUGACUGGAAUGCCACAUCCCAGGCUACACGUGUCCAUUCGGUAUUUAUUUCGCCAAUAAACUCAUCCGAUUCAGAUGCGGAGGUCGAAUUUGCUGCUCCCCAAGUGGAAUAUAAUAUGGCAAUCAAUUCAAUGCCAUCGUAUAAUAUGCUUUAUACCAUCAACGAGGAUAUUGAGCCGGAGGAUUCUCCAGAAGAUAAAGAUUAAUAAUUAGGAUAACCUGAAGCAGGAGGAAUGCGUAAAAAAGAAAGAAAAAAUAAGUUAUUUUACAUAAUCUGUUAUAUUUUGCAUAUGUUCAAGUACACGGCACAAAUACAUGGUUAAUAUGGGCAUCAA